CGCCGCGCGCCACUUAAGGCUGGGCUGGGCGAGCUGAGGCCUCGGAGGGCCUGGGCUGCAGAGUCAGAGAUGCAUGGCUUGGCCAUGGCCGAGGCGCCGCUGAAGGUGUGCAUAGUGGGCUCGGGGAACUGGGGUUCAGCUGUUGCAAAGAUAAUUGGUAAUAAUGUUCAGAAGCUGCAGAAGUUUGCUUCCACGGUGAAGAUGUGGGUCUUCGAAGAAACAGUCAAUGGGAGAAAACUGACUGACAUCAUAAAUAAUGACCAUGAAAAUGUUAAAUAUCUCCCUGGACACAAGCUGCCAGAAAAUGUGGUUGCCAUCCCAAACCUCAGUGAGGCCGUGCAGGAUGCUGAUCUGCUGGUGUUCGUCAUCCCUCACCAGUUCAUCCACAGGAUCUGCGACGAGAUCACAGGCAGGGUGCCCAAGAAGGCCCUGGGCAUCACCCUCAUCAAGGGCAUCGAUGAGGGCCCUGAGGGACUGAAGCUCAUCUCAGACAUCAUCCGGGAGAAGAUGGGCAUCGACAUCAGCGUGCUGAUGGGCGCCAACAUAGCCAGUGAGGUGGCUGCGGAGAAGUUCUGCGAGACCACGAUCGGCAGCAAGAUAAUGCAGAAUGGCCUGAUCUUCAAAGAACUUCUGCAGACUCCCAAUUUUCGAAUCACUGUAGUAGACGAUGCAGACACGGUAGAACUCUGUGGCGCUCUUAAGAAUAUCGUGGCUGUGGGAGCCGGGUUCUGCGAUGGGCUCCGCUGCGGAGACAACACCAAGGCUGCUGUCAUCCGCUUGGGCCUCAUGGAAAUGAUCGCUUUUGCCAGGAUCUUCUGCAAGGGCCAGGUGUCCACCGGCACCUUCCUGGAGAGCUGCGGGGUGGCCGACCUGAUCACCACCUGCUAUGGAGGGCGGAACCGCAGGGUGGCCGAGGCCUUUGCAAGGACUGGGAAGACCAUUGAAGAACUAGAAAAGGAGAUGCUGAAUGGGCAGAAACUCCAGGGACCCCAGACCUCAGCUGAAGUGUACCGCAUCCUCAAACAAAAGGGACUCACUGACAAGUUCCCGCUCUUCACUGCCGUGUAUCAGAUCUGCUAUGAAGGCAGACCUGUCGCAGAGAUGCUGGCCUGUCUCCAGAGCCACCCAGAACACAUCUGAAGUGAAUUGUGCGCAGACUGGCAAUGUUCUGCCUCUCCCAUCUUGGCUUUGUGUGGAAACCAGGACUUGGCAGCAUGGCGGCUGGCUGUGCUCCAUCAUCCAUCCAGAUGAACUGUGACAGGACGUCCUUGAAUCAUGUCAGGCAGUUCAUUGACAACAACCACACACAAGUGGACAUGUAUGCCCGUUGAUUCUGUGGAUCUUUCUAUGAACCAACAUGGGAUAUCCUUUUUAGUGAUUGCAUUUGAACUCUUCCUGCUGUGGUAACCUAUAAGAUUGAUUGCAACCAUGUCAGCUACAGUUUUUAGGAGUAACUUGUAUGCAUUUGAAUGGGGGGUUAUCUCUUGUCAUUCUUAUGUUGAUAAGCCUGAAGUCUCCAAAUGGUAGGUAUGAUGAGGGCAGACUCCCUGUGCUGAACUUUCAAACACUAUCUCAAGGACAGCAAAAUUAACCACUUGAUUGAGGGCCGAUCUUUUUUCUUUAACAAACAAGUAGAGAUUUUUAACAAGGCAAUCCCAUGUGUUGUUUCCUCCUCUGCAGUCUCCUGCUUGUUCAGGUUCUUUGUCUUCAGGUCGCCCUGUGUCCAGCCCCAGCAGCAGCAGAGCACAGGAAAGUCACCUGGGAUUUUCCUGUCACCACUUGUCCCCUAGGUGCGGCCCUUUCCUGGGCUCUGUGUGAAGCUGGACUUGCUUGCAGGUGGCUCUGAAGGGAUAGUGCUCACCUGGACAGGACCAGGAGCUGGGCACCGCCUUCUCUACCCUGCCGAGGCAUGAAACCACCAGGACAUCACUGGGCCAUGUGACUGCCAGCGAAUCGCUUGUAUACAAGCCCUCGGCAGCCAUCCCUGGGCCACGGGAGGGCUUCCUGUCCUGGGUUUUGUGUGGGUGAGGGUCUUGAUGGCCAUCACUCCAAGUGGGCUUACACAAGCAGCAUGCGUGUCAGCCCCUCCCAGGCCUCUGCAGCAGCCUCUGUGUCUCCACCUGCCCUCCGAGUGUUCCCGUGCUCACUCUGACUUGAGAGCCUCUGCAUUCACUUCAUUAAGAAGUGGGUUUUAGAUGCCGGUGCCAGUGGCUCAUGCCUGUAAUCCCAGGUGUUCAUGCCUGACCUCUGUGGAUCACCCUUCAAAGCCAGCCAAGGCAAACAAACAGGAGAGACUCCUCUC